AUGGAAAAGACAGAAGAAAAUCUCAGAACUUACACUGUAAACUUUGCCUCUCAAGUAAAAGAUGGGUUGAUAACUCCAGAAGACGUGAUAUCCUAUCUUCAAUCUAAGAUGAAGGUGAAGAACUGCUUGAAGAUAGCAGCCAGGGAGAUAAGCUUCAAGGACAAUGCAUCUGCCAUUGACAUUGUCUCGAAGGAGGGUAACAUCAAAAAGAGGAACAUGAAGUUGUAUUUAAAGAGGUAUUUAAGAACAAAGUCUUUAAGUAAUUUCAUAAAGGUGAGUGGCGAUAAUAAGGAUGGGUUCAGUUUUGUGUACAUCAAUGCUGUUGAUGAUGCUGAGGAAUAA